AUGACUCCAAACCUCCCUGUUGUGGCAAUCAAAGUGGACAUUAGUCCUCUUAGAUCAAUAACAUCUAAACAUUUGAAUUCUCUUUUUUUUCUCUUCUUUCUUUGUCCUUUCCUCUUUCUUUGUCCUCUCCUCUUUCUCCUCUUCUCUUUCUUUGUCCUCUCCUCUUUCUCCUCUUCUCUUUCUUUGUCCUCUCCUCUUUCUCCUCUUCUCUUUCUUUGUCCUCUCCUCUUUCUCCUCUUCUCUUUCUUUGUCCUCUCCUCUUUCUCCUCUUCUUUUCUUUGUCCCUUUGUCCUCUCUCUUUCUUUGUCCUCCUCUUCUCCUUUCUUUUUGUCCUCUCCUCUUUCUCCUCUUCUCUUUCUUUGUCCUCUCCUCUUUCUCCUCUUCUCUUUCUUUGUCCUCUCCUCUUUCUCCUCUUCUCUUUCUUUGUCCUCUCCUCUUUCUCCUCUUCUCUUUCUUUGUCCCCUGCUCUUUCUCUGUCCCCUGCUCUUUCUCUUCUUUCUCUUCUUUCUCUUUCUCUUCUUUCUCUUUCUCUUCUUUCUCUUUCUCUUCUUUCUCUUUCUCUUCUUUCUCUUUCUCUUCUUUCUCUUUCUCUUCUUUCUCUUUCUCUUCUUUCUCUUUCGUUCUAUCUACUCCUUUCCUAUCAAUAUCCCCUAG